AUGCGUGGAUCGUUGAUUUCAGCACCAUUUCUUAGUUAUUUACUAAAAUAAAAAACAAAUAUCAGAGUAGCAAAUGUAAUCAUGACAGAGUAACCUCUAAAUAAGAAAGGCAAUAUAGAGUUGUCUUAGAAGCUAUGUGAGUAUAAUUAUGUUCAUAAUAACAAGUAACUAAUCAGUACUUAAUUUGUGUGAUAUCACUGCUUAACUAAAACCAGUACCUAGAUUAUUACCAUAAUAAUAAUAGUUUGAUUAGUUUGUCAAAGAAUAUUAAUUUGAUUAGUCAACCCCUAUUGUUUUCUUUGAUCAGCACAUUCUUUUAGCUGCCAGAGCUUGGUUCACAUUUAAAUAUUUUGGAUUCAAUAAAGUAUUUGUUUUAGAUGGGGGAUAUUAAAAAUGGUUGAAUCAUUAACCAGCUGAAUUUUAGGAGCAUGAAAUCUGUAUAUUAAAAUUUCAAUAAAUUAGAGGAACAACCAAAAUUUUAAGGUAAAGUCAUAAAUACUUCUGAAGUAACUGCAAUUUCAUAAUUAAAAUAUUAAUAAGAUCCAAAAGGAGAUGAUUGGGCAAUAAUAGAUACUCGUGAUUCUAAUAGAUUUAAAAAAGGAUCAAUACCUGGAUCUAUAAAUAUAGAAUUCUCAGAAUAUCUAAAUAAAGAUAAAACUAUGAAAUCUGAUGAAGAUUUAAAGAAUGUAUAUAAAAAGAAUGGAAUCGAUUUAAAUAAAACAAGAAUAAUUAAUACAUGCUAAACAGCCAAAUUAGCUUGUAUAGCUAUAAUUGCUGAAGAACUAUUGAAAACCAAAUAGUAAAUUAUUUAUGAAACUUAGAUAAAUUUUAUAUGAUGGUUCUUUAGAAGACUGGAAAUUGUAGAAUUAAAUUAAAUGA